GUUAUCUUGCAUCUCAUACCCUUUCUUCUGCUUCCAUCGUUCGGUGCGAUAGAUUUCUUUGUGUCUGCCAUCUGCCUCUGCCUCUGCCAUCUCGACCCCACAGCUGAGCCUGUUACUGUCCCACCCCAAUCCCACUGAUCUACAGACCAACCAGUCCGUCGACAUGAUGUUUUCAAAAUCCGGACGGACGAUCUUUCCUCUACUCCCCCCCUACGGCGCCCAGGACCCCAACGCCCAGGGCCGCAUCAUCCCUCCCCUCCAUCCCGAUGGCUACACCCCGUACCUCGGCCUGCGUGCCCGCCUUUCCCAGGUGUGGCUGAAUCGAUGGACCGUUCUGCUCCUGCUGGUCCUGGCCCGGUUGCUGCUGGCGGCCACCAGCCUGCAGUCCGACAUGAGCCGAGCCAAGAGCGAGGCCCUGUCGGCCUGCACCAGCGUCGAGUCGGUGGGAAGCGCCAUGGCCUCGAUGCCCCAUUACCUGGCCGAAGGAGUGAACGGGCUCACGGCCGACGCCGUCGACGCGGCCGUGGAUGGCCUCAAAUCCAUGCUGAUGCUCACCCUGACAGGUGUCGAAGAGCUGGUCAUCUUCUUCAUCAGGGUCAUGUACCAGACCUACCUGUGUCUGUUCACCCUCGCCGUGCGAGGCGCCGUGGAAGUCGGAGUCGCCCUGCUGGAAGACGCGGCCGACUUCCUCAACUCCACCGUCAAGGACAUCGGCAAGGACAUCGGCAAGGCCGUCGAAACCUUCGAGGAUAUCUACGACGACUUCAUCAAGCUCGUGAACACCGCCGCCAGUGCAUCAGGGACGAGCGUCCCGACCCUCAAUCUAACCACCGAGAUCAACGAGCUGGAGAACAUCCAUCUCUCCUCCUCUCUCGACGAAAGCCUGAACAAACUCAACAGCUCCAUCCCCAACUUCGACCAGGUCAUGAACUUCACCGAGAACAUCAUCCGCUUCCCCUUCGAGGAAGUCAAACAACUGGUCAACAGCUCCAUGGGCAACUACAGCUUCAACGCCUCCGCCCUAAGCGUCCCCGCAAAGAAGCAACUCACCUUCUGCGACAGCAACGACGGCAUCAACUCCUUCUUCGCCGACCUGACCAAGAUCGUCCUGACAGCCCGCAAGAUCUUCAUCGGGGUACUCAUCGUCGCCGCCAUCCUGUCCUGCAUCCCCAUGGCCUGGCAAGAAAUCCGCCGCUGGCACACGAUGAAAGAGCGCUCACAGCUCGUCCGCAAAGAAGCCCACGACCCCAUGGACGUCGUCUACAUUGUCUCCCGCCCGCACACCGCCGCUGUGGGCAUCAAAGCGGCCAGCCGCUUCAGUAACAGCCGUCGCCAGAUCCUCGUCCGCUGGGCCAUUGCCUACGCCACCUCCCCAGCGGCCCUCUUCGUCCUCUGCCUCGCGCUCGCCGGCCUCCUCUCCUGCCUGUGCCAGUACCUCCUCCUCAGCGCGAUCCAAAAAACCGUCCCCGAACUCUCCGCCGAAGUGGGCGAAUACGCCGAAGAAGUCGUGCAGGCCCUGCAAAACGCCUCCGCCGAAUGGGCCAACGACGCGAACAAGGUCAUCCAACACGUCGACGACGAGCUGAACACCCACCUCUUCGGCUGGGUCAACACCAGCACCGUGGCGCUCAACGACACCCUCAACACCUUCGUCGACAAGACCAUCGGCGUCCUCAACGACACCUUCGGCGGCACCCUCCUCUACGAGCCCCUCCUCGACGUCUUCAACUGCCUCAUCGGUCUGAAAGUCGAGAGCGUCGAGAAGAGUCUCACCUGGGUCAACGAGCACGCGCACGUCGACUUCCCUCUCCUUCCCAACGACACCUUCUCCGCCGGCGCCGCCGCCAGCCUCAACAACUCCUCCGACAGCUUUCUCUCCGACGCCGGCUCCGACACCUCCAACAAGAUCACGGAGGUGAUUGACCGCGUCCUCAACGCCCUGGAGAGCGGCAUCCGCGCCGAAACCAUCAUCGCCGCCUGCAUCCUUCUGGUUUGGGUCAUCAACGCGCUUAUCGGCGGCGUCCGCGCGAUGACUCUCUUCUGGUCAAGAGAGAAGAUCCGCGGCGAAGGCGGGCCCGCGCCGUUAACCUCGCGUCCAAACCCUAGUUCCGGCCCAGAUCAGCAUGGCUUCAUCGAUGUCCCGCUGGUCAAUCUGCCCCGCAAUAGUCAACAUACUGCUGCUACUGCUUCGCCUGCUAUGAAUGCGCAUGCCCACGAUGACAUCGAUACUUCCCGACAACCAGCACCCCGAUACGAGGCCGCCACCUCGACCUCGACCUCGACAUCCACCGGGCACUCGACCGCCGUGCUACCCAGCGAGGAGUAUCCCGACGAGAAAGUCGGGUUUGCGGGCCAGCGGAGUGCGCUACAGGUAGACGGGGUGUCGGAUCUGCGGGGGAGUAGCUACGUGGAGUAUGGGAUGGAGAAAAGUUAGCCAGUUAGUUAGCUAGCAAACAUGACUAGUGAUCGUCGAACUAUUAUGUUGCGCUGAUGACACCCUUAGAUCCGCUGAUUUGUCUAUUUCCUCUUCUGUACUUGUUCUCGAACGGCAUGUUAGCGUUGACUGGGCAUCACACACACACC